AUGUCGGCUUCCAUCCCCUCGGAGCGCCCUCUCAAGGACGACGACGCUCGCUCGACAACCUCCGAAGAUUCGGAACUCAGCAAUGAAGAUGGAUGGGAGGAUGUCGAACCCGAUGAUGAGACCCAGCCCGUGGUUGGACUCUUCUCCGAGAAAGUCUAUCCCGAUGUCAACUCCAUGCUGAAGGAGAGCAAAGAAAAGCACGAUUUUGACCUGCGCAAGGUACAAAUGAACCUCGGCCUGGACUUUUUGGGCACCAUCAAAUUGGUCAACUACAUUCGCUCCCAGGUGAAGGCGGGAAACACCAGCCCGGAUGUGACCUCUACGGACAAAUUCGACGACGACAUUUAUUUGAAGCCCGUUCUCGAGGACGACGCUCUCUUGUAUAGUUUGGACGACAUUGAAGAUGAGGAGGCAUCGGACGCCCCUGGUGGUACGGACGCAGAGCGGCAAGUGGUCGAACUGCAGGAGGAACUUGAACGCCUUCAGACUCAAUUCUCCGAAUACCGAUCCGCCGUGCAGCAAUCCAUGGAAGAGCAGUUGUCGAAGGAGGAUGAAAAGCUCGCUCCCGGCCCAUCUCAACGCGCCCAGAGCAAGGUUGAUGAGAUUGACGCCGAUUAUUUUGUGUCUUAUUCUUACAACGGAAUUCACGAGUCCAUGCUGAAGGACAGCGUCCGCACCGAUUCUUACCGGGACUUUGUUUACGACAACAAGCACCUCUUCAAGGAUAAGGUUGUCUUAGAUGUUGGAUGCGGAACCGGUAUCCUGUCCAUGUUCUGCGCCAAAGCAGGCGCCAAGAAGGUCAUUUCCGUCGACAACUCCAAUAUCAUCGACAGAGCCAAGGAGAUCAUCUAUGAGAAUGGAUUUGGUGAUGUGAUCACACCAAUCCGCGGCAAGAUCGAAGAAGUUGAGUUGCCUGUUCCUCAAGUUGACAUCAUCGUGUCUGAAUGGAUGGGAUACUGCCUGCUCUUCGAGGCUAUGUUUGAUUCCGUCAUCUAUGCUAGAGACCGAUAUCUCGCUCCUGAUGGACUUAUGGUCCCGUCGCAUGCUACGCUCCGUAUCGCUCCUUUCGCGGAUCCCGACUUCAUCGCGUCGCACAUCUCGUUCUGGCACUCCGUUUACGGCUUCAACAUGUCCAGCAUGCUGACCGGAAUCUACGACGAGGCACUUGUUCGCUCCAUCCAGCCGUCGGCCAUCCCUGGCGACUCUAACAUCUUCCUUCCUCUCCCGCUGCACACCAUCACUGUCGACGAACUCUCCUUCUUGAAGGAUUUCAAGGUUACUUUGACGGAGGACGUCGAUGCGCUGGAUGGUUUCGCUAUCUGGUUCGACAUGUUCUUUAUGCCAUCCAGAGAAUCCACCAUUUCCGACAAUGCUAUUCCGUCGGAGAUGCAGAAGAAGGGCAUCGUCGCCUUCACCACGGGACCUUAUGGGACCGAAACUCAUUGGCAACAGGGCAUUUGCCUCAUUGAUCACGGAAAGAAGCGCGCGACUCCUUUGAAGAAGGGACAGACCAUCACCGGAAAGAUUGGGUACCAGAAGAAAUCAGAGAAAUCGCGGGCCCUGGAUAUCACCGUCGACUGGGAUGUACAGGAUGUCGAGAAGGGAUCUCAGGAAUGGAGUCUGGCCUAG